GAGUGAGGCUCACUGAAUCUCCGCCCAGCCCGCUGCUCUUGCGGUAAGCAGUGUGGCAGCAGUAGUUGGCAGAGCUUGGGUUUAACCUUUCGGCUGGUAUCGCCCCGUGCCCGGUCUGUUUAUCCCUGGAGGAGGAGGCGACCGGAGCUUACAGCGUAGGCCUAUGGGAGGCACAUUAAUACAGGUGUUGUGACUACAGAAUCUCAUGGAGAUCACACUAUGGAUCCUGCCCUGUGCACUUUGUGUGGCAUCUCUGGACAUAACCCUUCCUUCGAGACAGACAAGAAAUGAAGUAUCUGGAUCCGUGGAAGUCUUAUGCUGAGUGAUGCUAGACGCCUUUUUAUUUUGCUACAGAAGGUCAAAAACAUGGGAAACGCCGAAAGCCAAAAUGUAGAACAAGCUUUGUAUGGGAAAGAGCACGGCGGCACUUUGGGUCGGAAGCACACGUCUCGCUCACUCCGCAUUUCCAAUAAGAAUUCUCGCAGGACCCGCCAUGCUUCAUCAGGGAAACCAGUGCAUCGGAAUUCCGAAGUCAGUAACAGGUCAAGCAGCACCCCCAGCAUCCCUCAGUCUUUAGCAGAAAAUGGGAUGGAGCCGUACUCUCAAGAUGCCAACCUGGACGACUUUGACAGCCGGGAUUGGGUAGAUAUGGGUUUGAGGCCCGUUUCUUAUCAUACAGAUUCUUCAGUCACCCCGAGUUUAAACAGCAGCACCGUUCUCACCGCAGCCUCCAUGCAGAGCAUGCAGGACUGUGAAGAAAGUAGACUUUAUGGCGAAGACCACUCUUAUUUUCCAGAUGGCAAUGGGCGAGCUCAGAUCUACACCACAAAUGGGCCAAACCUCUUGGAUGCAGCAAGUUUUAAGAAGAAGCGUUCCAAAUCAGCAGAUAUAUGGAGAGAGGACAGCCUGGAGUUUUCCCUUUCCGAUCUGAGCCAAGAACACUUAACCAGCACGGAGGAGAUUUUAUGCUCCACCGAAGAGAAAGACUGUGAGGAGACCAUAAUAGCCGAGGCAGGUAAUAACGGCAAGCUGAAUUCCUGCCAACGUGCCAAUUCCUUAACAGAUUUGUAUCCGCAAAAUAUCCCACAUGCGUCUGUCAAUGGCGCACCAAGGAGUAAAUUUAUGGUCUACUGUCGGAAUUUAGUGUCCCACUCGCCAGAAUCGGAAAAUUACAAAAUGGACCCCACUUCUGCCGAAGAGACUCCACCUUACAGCAAUUAUAACACUCUUCCUUGUCGGAAGUCCCAUUGCCUUUCUGAAGGUGCCGCAAACCUGAAACUCAGCCAUAGCAACAGCAUGCAUGGCCGAAGAGCAAAGACAACUCAGGAUGUAAACACAGGAGGGGAAGGCAGCGAGUUCACCGACAGCGGCAUUGAGGCUGCUACCACUGAUACAGACAUCAUAUCCAGAAGAUCAAAUGUCACCAGGUCGAGUUACUCUCCCACGGCCAGCCGAGUGUUCAUCGGGAGCGACAGUGGCAGCAGCUCGACUGGAGAUGCGUUACGCCAAGGCGUCUACGAGAACUUCCGUCGGGAGCUUGAGAUGAGCAGGGCCAGCAGGGAGAACUUAGAAGAGGCCAGUUCGGCACUUAGCGAUGAACAAAGCAGUGGCACUUUAAGUUCCCCCGGCCAAUCGGACAUUCUCCGGACUGCAGCCCAAGGGACGGUGCGCAAAGCCGGGGCAUUAGCAGUCAAGAACUUUCUGGUGCACAAAAAGAACAAGAAGGUGGAACUUGCCACACGCAGAAAAUGGAAACAGUACUGGGUCUCUUUAAAAGGCUGCACGUUGUUCUUUUAUGAGACGGACGGUCGAUCAGGAAUCGACAACAACAGUAUCCCGAAGCAUGCCGUGUGGGUGGAGAACAGCAUUGUGCAGGCCGUGCCUGAGCACCCGAAGAAAGACUUUGUCUUCUGCCUGAGCAACUCUCUGGGGGAUGCCUUCCUUUUUCAGACAACCAGCCAGACGGAGCUAGACAACUGGAUCACAGCCAUCCAUUCUGCCUGUGCCACCACGGUUGCGAGGCAGCACCAUAAAGAGGACACCGUCAAACUUUUAAGGUCGGAAAUAAAGAAACUGGAGCAGAAGAUCGACAUGGACGAAAAGAUGAAGAAGAUGGGCGAAAUGCAAAUAUCCUCUGUUACAGACGCUAAGAAGAAGAAAACCAUCCUGGAUCAGAUCUUUGUCUGGGAGCAGAACCUCGAGCAGUUCCAGAUGGACCUAUUCCGGUACCGCUGCUAUCUAGCCAGCCUUCAGGGGGGAGAGCUGCCAAACCCCAAACGCCUUCUUGCUUUUGCAAGCCGGCCAACUAAAGUAGCCAUGGGCCGCCUCAAUAUCUUUUCCGUCUCCUCCUUCCAUGCUCUGGUGGCUGCACGCACCGGAGAGUCUGGAGUAAGACGGCGGACGCAGGCCAUGUCCAGAUCUGCGAGCAAGAGGAGGAGCCGGUUUUCUUCUCUAUGGGGGCUUGACACAACUUCUAAGAAGAAACAGGGAAGGACAAGCGUUACCCAGGUGUUCAGUGACGGGUCUGAAUCGGUCAAGAAGUCUCUGGAAGGCAUCUUUGAUGAGACAAUGUCAGAAGACAAGAAGGAAAAGGAGGUAACACUGAGUAGCGUCCAUCCUCACAAUCCUGACACAGACAUAUGGGUCCACGAUUACCUGACUCCAUCCUGGGUUUGUCUGCCCAACGACCAGCCUGUGCUUAUAGUUAUACAUCCUGAUGAUACAGCGAAGGAUGCCCUGGAGAUUAUUUGUAAGACUCAUCAGUUGGAUUACACCUCCUAUUAUCUUCGACUGAAAUUCCUUAUGGACAGUCAGACACAGCUCUACAUCCCCAAACCUGAAGAGGAAAUCUAUGAGCUGCUUUAUAAAGAAAUUGAAAUCUGCCCAAAAAUCACAAAGCACAUCCAGAUGGAGAAGGGAGGCAGUACCUCGGAAAGCUUUGGAUUUUCUCUCUCUGCAGUGGAGGAAGAUGGAAGGCAUCACCUUUAUGUCAAUAACGUUAAGGAGUCGGGCUUGGCGUUUAAGAAAGGCCUGAAGGUGGGAGACGAGGUGAUGGAAAUAAACUCUAAGCCAGCCCGUGAGCUGAAUUCUUCUGUACUAAAACAUAUCCUGGGCAAAUCGUCUUUGUACCUGACAGUGCGCUCGUGUCCAGACACAGGAGACAGUCCGUGUUCAUUGGAGGCCCUGCCCCGACGCUCAGAGACAGACUGCAAUGACUUUCUUCUGCUGAGUAAUCGAGUCUUCAGCGAGACCGACAGCUGCAGCGAGACAGCCCCGGAGGAGAUAGAAGUGCAGCUGGAUACGCCCGACGACGCCGAUUCCAUCAACAAAAGCACCGAGCAGGUCGCUGCCUUCCGUCGCAGUCCGCAUGAAAUGAAUUCUCCCGACUCCUGCCUGACUCCGUCCGAAUUCACGGGGCCGCAGCUCGCCACCAUGAGACAACUUACAGAUGCCGAUAAACUGCGCAAGGUCAUCUGCGAGCUCCUGGAGACGGAACGCACAUACGUUAAGGAUUUAAACUGUCUCAUGGAACGGUAUCUGAAACCUCUGCAGAAAGAGACAUUUCUCACCCAGGACGAGCUCGACGUGCUCUUUGGGAAUCUAUUGGAGAUGGUAGAAUUUCAGGUCGAAUUCCUUAAAACUCUUGAAGAUGGGGUGAGACUUGUACCGGACCUGGAAAAGCUGGAAAAAGUUGAACAAUUCAAGAAAGUCUUAUUUUCCCUGGGUGGAUCCUUUCUCUAUUACGCCGACCGGUUCAAGCUGUACAGUGCCUUCUGCGCCAGUCAUACAAAGGUCCCAAAAGUGUUAGUCAAAGCCAAGACCGACUCUAACUUCAAAGCGUUCCUUGAUGCUCAGAAUCCCAAGCAGCAGCAUUCGUCCACGCUGGAGUCCUACCUGAUUAAGCCAAUCCAGCGCAUCCUCAAAUACCCUCUGCUGCUCAAAGAACUCUUUUCCCUGACCGACGCUGAAAGUGAAGAACAUUAUCAUCUUGAUGUGGCAAUCAAAACCAUGAACAAAGUGGCCAGCCACAUAAAUGAGAUGCAGAAAAUCCACGAGGAAUACGGAGCGGUGUUUGAUCAGCUCAUAGCGGAACAGAGCGGGGAAGUAAAAGAGGUGGCAGACUUGUCCAUGGGAGACCUGCUGUUACACAACUCAGUCAUUUGGCUUAAUCCACCUGCAUCCUUGGGAAAGUGGAAAAAGGACCCCGAACUGGAAACAUUUGUCUUUAAGGCUGCCGUCGUGUUGGUUUACAAGGACAGCUCGAAGCAAAAGAAGAAGCUGGGUGGAUCCCAUCGAGCGUCCAUGUUUGAAGAUCGAGAUCCGUUUCGCUUCCGUCACAUGAUUCCUACGGAGGCGUUGCAAGUUCGAGCCAUGACCACUUCUGAUGCGGAAACCAACUCUGUCUGUGAGAUUGUUCAUGUGAAAUCCGAGUCAGAGGGGAGACCAGAGAGAGCCUUCCACUUGUGCUGCAGUGACCCUGGGCGUAAGAAGGAGCUCCUGAGAGCCGUGCACUCCAUUCUGCGGGAUAAGCACCGGCGGCAGCUGCUGAAAACAGAAAGUCUACCCAACUCCCAGCAAUACGUCCCGUUCGGAGGGAAGAGACUGUGCGCAUUGAAAGGUGCCCGUCCCACCAUGAACCGAGCAGUUUCAGCGCCCAGCAGGUCCCUCGCCAGGCGAAGGCGACUCGUGAGAAACCGUUUCACAAUCGAUUCUGACACCAUCUUCACCGACCCCGAUAAAGAUUCCGACCAGGAGACUGAGCCCUCCCCUCCCCAGCAGUCGUCAAACAGCGGCGACACGGAUCGCUGGGUGGAAGAGCAGUUUGACCUGGCGCAGUACGAAGAGCAGGACGACGUUAAGGAGACGGACAUACUGAGUAGUGACGAUGAGUACUGUGAGUCUAUAAAGGGGGGUUCCAUAGAAAAGGAUCUGAGUGAGCAACUUGAGGCCACCUCUCUUUCUAGUAACCCAGUGGCUACCAAAGUCCAGAACACAAUGAAUUCGCACGCCUCUCGUAUGGCUCAGCUGAAGAAACAAAUCGCCUUUUCCGGCAUGAACGGCAGUAUUGAGAGCAACGCGGAGGAAGUCAUUUGGGUGAAACGGGAAGACUUUGUACCAGUCAGGAAACUCAACACUGAGAUCUAGGGAAAGUGUUCCACUUGCCCUUUAUACGAGACGUCCUAUCAGAAUAGUUCCUGUGCACUGUGGGAAGAGGGACCCUUUUAGAAUGCACACUUGCACGCACAACAUUGGCAGCUAAAAACGGCCCAGGGGCCACAUAUAUCCGGGUUACAGUAACCGCAACAAACAAGCCCACAAUCCCCCCCUUUUGAUGUGUAAUACAGAAGAGCUUGUUAAUCUUAUUUAUUGUAAAAUCAGGGUUUAGAGAUGAGGGCGAUGCUGACUGAAAGGAUCAGGGGGGCAAACGGCGGGUGGGAGUGGCUCCCCCAUAACUGUGGACAACGGAAGUGAACACAAGGAGCGAAAGGGAAUCUACAUUGUGGUCCGUUACUCCGUUCUCGGUUUCUGCUGCCUUUUCACUCGUUUCGGAGAAUGCAGUGUUCCCUAUGCCUCUUCGGUGUCGAGUGCAGUAGCUUUUGUAUUUGGCGACUGUUCCAGGGAUAGACUUGGCUUUUAUGUUGUAAAGCUAUUAUUAUUAUUAUUAUUAUUAUUUUUAUUUUUUUUUAUUUUGCUAUAUUAGCUGGUUAUUUAAUAGUUAAGUUGGCGGCGAGCAUUCCAUUUUUACUUUUUAGACAAAUUUCUAAACGAUGCCAAACUCUUUACUAGAGACCCAGAGGAAACACUUGAAGAAAAAAAAAAAAAAUAUCUUUUUUUGUUUUUAUAUUUAUGCCUUUUACAUUCAGAGACACCAGGGAACGGGGCAUUUUACAUUGUAAAGUUACAGGAUAAAGAAAUCUAGUCUUUCAUAGCAGAUAGGAGCGAGUAGUUUUGUAUGCAUAUGAUAUGAUAUAUAUAUAUAUAUAUAUUUAAUAAAGACACAUGCACAGGUCAACACUUAUAAAAUGGGGAUAUGAUUUAAGUCAUUCCUCCAUGUCUACAUUAAAAGAUAAGUAAACCU